AUGAGUAAAAAUAUUCUGCAAAAAUACAAAUCAACUGUUUCAAAUGGCGGCAGGAAUGUUGCAAGAUAAGAUUCAUCCAAAAUAAGCAUAAUGCAAUAAAAUUUAUCACCUGUUUACAAUUCAUUAGAUUUUAAUAAGAUAGGCAAUACAAAUAGCAAUUCAAACAGACCUAGUCUUAAAUCUGAUUUUCGAAAUAGCACAAUUAAGAAACCUACAAAUCUGCUUCCUAUUGAUUCAGUUCGUUAUGAAGGUGAUGUAGAUGCAGAUGGAGAUGUGUAAUCUUAAGUAAUUAAAAGCAACAAUAUUAGAGAAGGGUUUUUAAAAGUGAAAUUAAAAGGUAUAAUUUAGAGAAUGGCUAAAUAUACAACAAGUAGGAUGUAUAAGAAUUUAACUUUUUAACAACUUAAAAUGAUAGAUGAUAAAGCUUAUGACUCAAUAGAGUAUUUAGGAUAAAAAUCUGGAUUUAUACGUAAGAGUAAUAAUAGCUAAUAAAGAGUUUUCAGAAAAUAAAAUUGCUUAAUUAGCUUUAUAAAAAAAUUAGAUUAACAGAUACCUGUUUUAUAGCCAAAACAUAGGCUAAAAACUAUUUCAGAUUUAUUGAGUUUAUUUGCAGUAGUUUACAUUUUUUUUAUAAUUUCUAUAACGAUUUCCUUUCAUGAGACUAUAGAUUAUAUUGUCCCUUCAAUGAGCAUUUACCUAUGCAUUAUAUUUUUAUUUUUAAAUGUGAUCGUUACUCUGAAUACAGGAUACUAAAAAUUAGGCAACACUUUUUAAGACAGAUAGCACAUAUUUUAAUCUUACUGCAAGAAUAAUUUAUUUACAGAUUUAAUUGGUUUUAUCUCAAUUUUAAUUUUGCUUAUUAUUGAUAAGAAUGGGAAUAAGUUCUCAUAAAAUUAUCCAGAUCUUUACAGCUUCGUAAAGCUGAUAUUUUUUAUACCCUUCUCCAUUAAAUUUAAAGAUUUUGGAUAACUGAUACAGAAACUAGAAGAAAAAAUAAUGUUUAAAUAAAAAAUGUAACACAUUGUUCAGAUAGUUAGACUAUUCUCGUUAAUUAUUAUGAUCAACCAUAUUUUAGCAUGUAUUUGGAUAUUUAAUGCGCAAAUAAAAAAUAACGAAAAUAUCAAUUGGAUAACCUCAAAAAAUGUAUAAAACGAGACUUGGAUUUAUCAGUAUGUUAUGUCUUUCUAUUUCUGCACUGUCACGAUGACAACAGUUGGCUAUGGAGAUAUUACAGCUAAAAAUUUUUCAGAAUAUAUACUUUCGAUUUUGAUGAUGCUUACCUCAAGUGGUGUGUUUGGAUUCAGUCUCAACCAAAUAGGUACUAUCUUUACAGAUUUUUACUCUUAAGACAAGGAAAGAAAAAAGAAAUUAAAUAUUAUAAAUUUGCACAUGGAGAAGAAAAACGUGAAUCAAAAUUUAAGAUCUCAAAUACGUGAAUACCUAGAAUAUGUAUGGUAAGAAAAUGAUGAAAAAUUCUAAAACGACAGUGCUUCUAUUAUUUCUCAACUAAAUGAAGACCUGAAAAAAGAAUUAUAUUUACACUAAAACAGGAGAAUAAUCAAUUACCUAGAGCAGCAUUUUACAAAUGAAUUCAUUCAAAAGGCUAUAUUACUAAUUUAGGAGUAAAAGUGUAAGCCAUAGUAAAAAAUUUAGACGUCAUCUGACGAUCUGAGUCUCUAUCUCAUUGAAAAAGGAUAAGUUGAGAUGUAUAUCACCCCAAAUACAAACCAAUACACAACAAAAUCAAUUUAAAUUUUAUAAGAGGGACAAAUGUUUGGUAUUAGCGAGUUUUAUACAGGCGAGUGCAGAGAUAUCUUCGCGAAGGCUAUAGGAUUCGUCAACUUAAUUAAAAUUUCAAGAAAUGAUUUUAUUAAAUCUCUUUAGGAAUUUCCGAGAGAUAUGGAAAUGUUUAAUUAUCUUAAAGAUAGAAGAAUUUUUAAUAAAGAUUUUGCUAAAAUUGGGGAAACUUGUAUAAGUUGUGAUAGUAAUGAACAUGUGGUUACUAAUUGUAAUUACCUGCACUUUGUCCCAUACCGCUCAAAAGUUAUAACCAGACAUAAUUUUGAACUUCCAUUUGAUAAUAAAAGAAAAAAGAGUUGGAAUUAAGGAUAAAUCGUAGAGAAAAAGCGCAGGGGAUAUAAAACAACUAGAGAAAUAGUUCAAUUAGAUGAUUAAAGAUAUGAAUUGUUUGCAUAUGAGUUCUUUGGAAUGCUAGACGAUUACGAAUAAAAAUUCUUAUGCUAUAAUUUUAACUAUAACUAUACUUCACCAUAUCUUGCAUUUUCUGAUGACGAUGAAGAUGAGGAAGAAGGGGAAGUCUAAAAUGGAUCAGCUCUGCUUCAUAGUGGAAAUAAUAUAAAUCACUAAAUAAACUAUUAAACAAGCUGCUUAAAAGAAAGGUCUAAUAGUUUUGUUACUAAUCACAACAAUCACAGCAGUACUCCCAUUAAUAAUUAACAAUUUUACACAUAACGUCUCUCAACAUUUGAGAAAGUCCCCUCCAUUAAUGGAGAUACAGCUGUAAAUACGCCUCCAAUUUUAACAACAAACCUAAAUGGUAAAAGUUCUACUAACAUUAGUACCAACCCACCGUAGAUAAACUUAAGCUAAAGCAGAAACUUAGAUUAAUCACCAAUAAAUAGGAGAAAAUCUAUGCUUAAAUAAUUAACACCACUGAUUGUUACAACUUAGGCUACAAAUUUUGAAAAUUUCAUUUAAUUAACAGAACAAAAACCUCAGAGAGUAAUCUACACAAGAAAUUCUAAAAAGAUUAAGACCAGUUAAUAAAUUUAGCAAGCAGUAAAUAGUCCAGUAAAAGAGUCUAAUUUUCACAAUCCACAAUAAAUCUAUUAAAAUAAUUCAAAAGAAAUAAAUAAAACAAGUGAUUCACUUGAUCACCAAAAAUCAAUAGAGGUUUAGAGAUAGUUAUCUCAUACUAACGAUCAUCAUUUUAAUUCAUAAAACUCUCUCAAGCACUAAGUUUCAAAUUAGCAAAUCUCUAAUUAGUUGAUGCAAUUUUAAAGGUCUAUAAUGUAAAACCUCAAAACAAUAAUAAGAACUUCAAAUGUAUAGAAUACAAUAACAAAAACGAAUGUGACAGAAGAAUAGAACCACCAUUUUGGAAUGAUUUAAAUAUUUUAGUCAUUUGAUAAAUAAAAAGAUUUCUAGGUUUACUAUCCAUUGAACAAUCUUAGCUUCAUAUUGUAUAACCUAAAAAACAAAAAAUAACUAACCCGAAAUUAGUAUCUUACAUUGAUUUAAAAUGCAAGCAAGAGUAAAAAUUAAAUUACUUCCUACAACUCUUUACUCAAGGCUAAAAUAGAAGUAAUUAAUGGAAGUAAAAAAGAAUAAACUAUGAAAAAGGCCUUUACUCUAAAGCAUUUGAGCUUUCACAGUAAUCUCUAAAACACGGCAUCAUUUGAUAAUUAUUCUCAAAUAAAAGAAAUACAAAACAGCUAAAAAAAUCAAUCAAAUAAUAAUAAUAAUUCUAAUCUAAACUUUAAUAGUAAUAUAAAUCUAAACAGUAAUAACAAUAUAUCAAAUUAUAAAAAAUCUGUUUAUUCUAACAAACAUAUUCCUUUACCCGAUUAGCCUAUUUAAGUACCUGAUAUGUUAAUUCCUAUUUGGUCUAGUGAAAGACAGAUUCAAACUGCCCGAUCACCAACAAUCAGAAGUAAAAUAAAUGGCUAAGAUUUAAUUCUAAACAAAACAGAAUUAUCAAUAAGUGAUACUGAUUACAUUAGGAAUAUGUCACUUUAAUCUCCUAACGUUUAAGAAGAAGUUAACGAAAAUAGCUAAACGAACAUGAAGAUCCUAGUUAAAAAUUUUAAUACAGUAAAAAAUAGUGAAUAUUUUAUAAAAGAAUGA